UCGACGGAAGAAGGUUGUCGCGUGCUGUAGAAAGCUCCAGAUCAACAUGGCUACUUGUAUGAACAUGCUCGGUGCCGUUAGACAGGUGCACAGAAAUUUGGCUCUCGUUAAAUUAAACUGGCCCGGGAGCAAUGGUCCCCGGUUGAGCGGUAUAUCAGGACUGACCCAGCUCCAGCAUUCACGGUUCUACAUCAGCACCUCACAGACAAAAUGCACCAAGUGCUUCGUUAACACUGCCCUCGGCACAGCAGUGGCCGCAGGAUGCAGAGUGACCGUAAGACCUCACCGGUGGAUGCGUGUCGGAGGCGUUCUCCAUGGCCAAACCGCUCGUCUUACACCUGGCUCUCAACUUUACGUGAUUCCGGACAGGACGUAUGGGAACCGUGCGAGCGGCGCAGGUUUUUCUGGGGAGGACGGCGAGGACAAUGCAGGCUCUGGGGGUGAGGAGUCAGGGGGAGAGGGGGGAGUCCCGUACACUGGACCUCAGAUGACGGCUCUCACCCCUAUGAUGGUCCCGGAGGUGUUUCCCAAUGUGCCGCUGAUCGCUGUGAGCAGGAACCCAGUCUUCCCCCGGUUCAUCAAAAUCAUAGAGGUAAAGAACAAAGCACUGAUGGAGCUGUUGAGGAGGAAGGUUCGUCUGGCUCAGCCAUAUGCUGGAGUCUUCCUGAAGAGAGAUGAUAAUAAUGAGUCAGAUGUGGUGGAGUCUCUAGAUGCCAUCUAUUCUACUGGAACUUUUGUUCAGAUUCAUGAGAUGCAGGACCUGGGAGACAAGCUGAGGAUGAUUGUCAUGGGGCACCGCAGGAUCCGGAUCACAAGGCAGCUGGAGGUGGAGCCUGAGGACGUCAUUUCUUCUACUGCGUGGUCAGAGGCAGAGUCAGAAUCGCAGUCGAAGCCUCUAGUGAGACGCAAAGCUAAACGCACCCGCAAGGACCAACCAGGGCCUCUGACAGAGCAGCUGGAGGACAAGAUUUUAGAAGCAGACCUGAGUCCAGGUGUUGGACCUCUUCCCUCCUCCAGCAUCCUGAUGGUCGAAGUGGACAAUGUUCAACAUGAACAGUUCACUGUCACAGAGGAGGUCAAGGCACUGACGGCAGAGAUAGUGAAGACAAUCAGGGACAUCAUUGCACUGAACCCUCUCUACAGGGAGUCUGUCCUUCAGAUGAUGCAAGCUGGUCAGAGAGUGGUUGAUAAUCCUAUCUACCUCAGCGACAUGGGAGCGGCUCUGACAGGAGCAGAGUCACAUGAACUACAGGAUGUCCUGGAGGAGAUCAACAUCCCAAAGCGUCUCUACAAGGCUCUGUCUCUACUGAAGAAGGAGUACGAGCUGAGUAAACUUCAGCAGCGGCUGGGCCGAGAGGUGGAAGAGAAGAUCAAGCAGACUCACAGAAAGUACCUGCUACAAGAGCAACUCAAGAUCAUUAAGAAGGAGCUGGGUCUGGAAAAAGAGGACAAAGAAGCUAUUGAGGAGAAGUUUAGAGAGAGACUCAAAGACAGGACUGUCCCUCAACACAUAAUGGAAGUCAUCAGUGAAGAACUGAACAAGCUGGGACUGCUGGACAACCACUCAUCAGAGUUCAAUGUAACCCGUAACUACCUGGACUGGCUGACAAGCAUGCCGUGGGGUACCAACAGUGAGGAGAACUUAUCACUGGAGAGAGCCAAAGAGGUUCUGGAAGAAGACCACUAUGGAAUGGAUGAUGUUAAGAAACGCAUAUUGGAGUUUAUAGCAGUGAGCCAGUUGCGUGGCUCCAUUCAGGGGAAGAUCCUGUGUUUCUAUGGUCCUCCAGGUGUAGGAAAGACCUCCAUCGCACGCUCCAUAGCCAGAGCCCUGAACAGACAGUACUUCAGGUUCAGCGUGGGAGGCAUGACCGAUGUGGCUGAGAUUAAAGGACACAGGAGGACGUAUGUCGGAGCAAUGCCUGGGAAGAUCAUCCAGUGUUUGAAGAAGACCAAGACAGAGAACCCCCUGGUGCUAAUAGAUGAGGUGGAUAAAAUGGGUCGUGGUUACCAGGGUGAUCCAUCAUCUGCACUGCUGGAACUUCUGGACCCUGAACAGAACGCCAAUUUCCUCGACCACUAUCUGGAUGUUCCAGUAGAUCUGUCAAAGGUUUUGUUUAUCUGCACGGCCAAUGUGGUCGACACCAUCCCAGAGCCUCUCAGAGACAGGAUGGAGAUGAUCAAUAUAUCUGGAUAUGUUGCCCAGGAGAAGCUGGCUAUUGCUGAGCGUUACCUUGUCCCUCAACUCCGCUCUCUGUGUGGUCUGACUGAAGAUAAGGCCUCUAUCUCAUCUGAUGCCCUCAAUGUACUCAUGAGGCAGUACUGCAGGGAGUCCGGAGUCAGGAACCUGCAGAAACAAGUGGAAAAGGUUUUCCGUAAGGUGGCAUUCUGCAUUGUCAGCAGCAAACAGACCACAGUGACUGUUACACCUGACAACCUGCAGGAGUAUGUGGGUAAACCGCUGUUCACAGUUGAUCGAAUGUAUGAUGUCACCCCACCAGGAGUGGUUAUGGGGCUGGCAUGGACUGCAAUGGGAGGGUCGACAAUAUUCAUAGAGACCUCUCUACGCCGUCCCCCUGGAGGAGCGGACUCUAAAGGAGAAGGGUCACUGGAGGUUACAGGUCAACUGGGUGAUGUUAUGAAAGAAAGUGCAAAAAUUGCCUCAACUUUUGCGAGAGCCUUUCUGAUGACCCAGGAACCAGAAAAUCACUUUUUGGUCAACUCCCACUUGCAUUUGCAUGUCCCUGAGGGUGCAACUCCUAAAGAUGGACCAAGCGCCGGCUGCACUAUUGUCACAGCGCUGUUGUCCCUUGCAACCAACCGUGCAGUGCGUCAGAAUGUAGCCAUGACUGGAGAGGUGUCACUGACUGGCAAAAUACUUCCAGUAGGAGGAAUCAAAGAGAAAACUAUUGCUGCCCGUCGUGCUGGUGUGACCUGCAUCAUCCUGCCAGCUGAGAACAGGAAGGAUUACUCUGACCUGGCAGAUUACAUCACCCAGGGCCUGGAGGUCCACUUUGUGGAUCACUAUAGUCAAAUUUACCCCAUUGUGUUCCCACAAGACCAGUCAUAACCCGCUUUCAGCUACAGCCCUUAAAUCAAGCCAAGAUGGACCAAGACUUUUUUUGAUUACACUUAAGAACCCAAAACCUGUUUAUUACCACAUCAACACUGAUUGUAAUACUGGUUGUUCCUUGUAAAUUUUAGUUAUUGAAUUUGGACUCUGAGGUUCGGCUGUGGAGAACGGCAGUACCUUAUGUUCCCGAAGCAUUCAGAGAACCAUCAUGUAGUGCAGGACUACAUCACUGGACUGAAACCGUUCGGUCAACUGUGGCAAAGAUGGACAAACACAGCAUAGGGAUGCUAACGAUGGGGAUGAUUAACACUGACCUGUCAUCGUAGGAUAUGAGGUCAUCAAUGAGCAGAAGUUGGAGUGACAGCUUUGCUGCCAGGCAGCGUCUUUACCCUCAGCUUUUAUUAUAUGGGGCCAUGGGUGGACUCUCUAAUAGAUUUCUUGUAUUAUUUUGUACUGUUAUUAGCCAACUGUUAUGAUAAUGAUGUUUAAAUAAAUAACAAAAGUUU